AAUCUGCUGGAAGAACAAACAACCUCCCAGAAGUCUGAAACGGGACAAUCUACACUUAAGCACUUCCACCAGAGUGCUGUGGACAAGGCCUUACAGAGUCCAAAUGGACACCUGGACUUGUUCCUCCGCUUCCUUCUGGGUCUUUCCCUACAGAACAGUCAGAUUCUCCUACGAGGAAUCCUCACACAGACAGGAAGAAACUCACAGAGCAGUCAGGAAACAGUCCAGUACAUCAAGAAGAAGCUCAGUGAGAAUCUGUCUGCAGAGAAAAGCAUCAAUCUGUUCCACUGUCUGAAUGAACUGAAUGAUUGUUCUCUAGUGGAGGAGAUCCAACAGUGCCUGACAUCAGGAAGUCUCUCCACGGAGAAACUUUCUCCUGCUCAGUGGUCAGCUCUGCUCUUCAUUUUACUGUCAUCAGAAAAAGAUCUGGAUGUGUUUGACCUGAAGAAAUACUCUGCUUCAGAGGAGGCUCUUCUAAAACUCCUACCGGUGAUCAAAGCCUCCAACAAAGCUCUGCUGAGCAUCUGUGAACUUUCAGAGAGAAGCUGUAGAGCUCUGUCCUCAGUUCUCACCUCCCAGUCCUCAAGCCUGAGAGAGCUGGACCUGAGUAACAAUAGCAUGGAGGAUUCCGGAGUGAAGCUUCUGUCUGAAGCAGUGGAGAGUCCACAUUGUAAACUGAGAACUCUGAGACUGAGUCUUUGUAACCUCUCAUUGAGAAGCUCUGACAGUCUUUCUGCUGGACUGCAGAAUCUGAACUGCAAGCUGACUAGUCUGCGACUGAGCGCCUGUAACCUCUCAGAGAGAAGCUAUGAAGCUCUGUCCUCGUUUCUUAGCUCCCGGGCCUCUAGUCUGAGAGAGCUGGACCUGAGUAACAACAACGUGCACGAUUCAGGCGUGAAGGUUCUGUCUGGCGCAGUGGAGACUCCACAAUGUAGACUUAAAACUCUCAGCUCGAUAGCUGAUCGGGAAGUCAAGGCCCACUAG